ACCCCGAGGAACUGUUGUGCGCAUGCGCACUGCAUCGGGUUCUGCCAGGACGGGGAGGACAUCACGGAAAAAAAUUAAAAAAGCGUAGCGGCGGCACCAUAAAGCCCACGCAGGGAUCGCGCUUCUUCGCUGCGUCAUAAAAACGGCGCGGCCCACGACCAUGGCUCCGGCGUCACCGUGCGGGAUGACCACUUGCCGAGGCCUGGCCGCGGUGUGAGCCGUUCACCGGGAGGGGAGCGAUAUUUCUUCGUAUGGGAGCAGCAUGCGGGAAAUGGUCGGAGGCUGCUGCGUGUGUUCGGACGAGCGGGGCUGGGCGGAGAACCCGCUGGUCUACUGCGACGGACACGGCUGCAGCGUCGCCGUGCACCAAGCCUGCUAUGGUAUCGUCCAGGUUCCCACCGGACCCUGGUUCUGCAGGAAGUGCGAGUCACAGGAGAGAGCUGCGCGCGUGAGGUGUGAGCUGUGUCCCCAUAAGGAUGGAGCCCUGAAGAGGACAGACAGUGGAGGCUGGGCCCAUGUAGUGUGUGCGCUCUACAUCCCGGAGGUGCAGUUCGCCAACGUCCUCACCAUGGAGCCCAUCAUCCUGCAGUACGUCCCGCACGAGAGAUACAUCAAGACCUGUUACAUCUGCGAAGAUCACGGCAGGGAGAGCAAGGCGGCCUGCGGAGCCUGCAUGACCUGCAACAGGCAGGGCUGCAGGCAGGCUUUCCACGUCACCUGCGCUCAGAUGGCCGGUUUGUUGUGCGAGGAAGAAGGACCAGAAGCAGACAACGUGAAAUACUGCGGCUACUGCAAGCAUCACUACAACAAAAUGCAGAAGAAGCUGCGCUCCGGUGAAAAUAAAAGCAGCUCCUUCAAUCACUUCAGGGGGCGCUCCAGCUCACCAUCGCAGGAAAAGCAGCAUCACCACCACAAGCAGAGGAAGAGUCACAAGGACAAGAUUCGCCCAAAAGAACGCCACAAGAAGACCGGCGACAACAUGAGCUCCACGAUGCCGACAAGCAGCAUAGAAAAAAUCUCCUCCGGCCAUCACAGCAACAAAGACAACAGCGAGGGAAAGCCCAAGAAGCUCAGCUCACACAUUCACGGCCAUCGCAGCAAAAAGACGGGAAGCACCGGAAAGAGCUCCUCCUCCUCCUGCUCCUCCAGUCCCUUCAACCCAGAAGGCUCCCUGUCUGCGGCUCCGGACUUCCACCAGUUCUCCUCUUCCUCCUCCUCCUCUCGCCUGGAGCGGGAGCACGACCGAGGAGCCGACGAGCACAACGGAGAGGAGCGCAAGGCUCGACACAGGAGGCCUGCGGUGCAGGAAGAGGAGGAAGAGGAAGAUGACAAGGAUGAGAAAGAGGAGGAAGAAGAAGAAGAGGAGGACUGUAAAUAUCACAAGCCACCGGCGCUCACCCCCGCCGAUGGCCCUCUGGGGGGGUCGGAGGGCAACUCCAGCCCGUUUGAGAACAAGGUGACCAUCUCCACCUUCGGCUCCAUCAUGCGCAUCACCUCCUCGUCAGCUUUGGGCAGCAACAGCAAGAUCCGCAAGAUCUCCUCCGGAGACUACAAACCCCCCAAAUCCAUCUGCAAGCCCUCGCCAGUGAGCGCCCCCCCCAUCUUAGAGGAGGCCGACCUGAAGGAGAAGGCCACGCCCCCGCCGCUACCCCACGAGAGGCGGCACCGCGGCAGCAAAAAGAGUCGCCACGGACCGGGACGUCCACGGGGGAGCAAGAACCGGGAGAGGAGGGAGGAGGAGCACCACCACCUCCACGCUGCUGCACCUCCUCCCCCCGCCCUGACCUCCUCCCUUUACCCCACGCCGUCCAUUCCAGCAUGCCCCACCACCUCUUCCUCUCUCUCCUCCUCCUCAGCUGGGAGUUUCUCAGCAGGCCGAAGCGGCUCUCUGCUCGGCUCGGGUAUCUACUCCGGUCUCAAAGACCCACUUUCUGCUGUCGGGGGAGUCUGCAGCACCUCCUUGUCCAUGGGAGGGGGGAUGUGUAGCACCCCUCUGUCCUCGGGGCUCCUCUCCUCCCACGUCUCCUCGCUGCCUCACCCGUCAGUCAGCGCCGCCUCAAACACACAGGUCCAUCCAGGCUCCAGCGCCUCCUACAGUCGGAGCUCCGCACAACCGUUUUCCAGCUGUCUGUCCACGGCGCCGCCUCUGCUGAGCCAAGCGCAGACGUCGCUGCCAGAAUCCGACCUCGACGACUGCCGCUUCCCGUGUCAGGGGAACUCGCCGAGAGAGAGCCUGUCCUCGCAGUCUCCCAUGAGCUGUCUUCCUCUUCUGUUCGACCACAGAGACGGGCUGGGGGCUGGAGCUCGAGUCCGUCCGGAAAACGUGCCCCCCGCCAGCUCGCACAUCGAGCUUCUGCUGGAAAAACACGGCAACGCAGAGAUGGGCGUCAACAUCGUGGAGAUGCUGCAGUCGCUGCAUUCACUGCAGCAGGAGAACCAGCGGCUCCAGGACCAGAUACUCAGCCUGACUGCCAAGAAAGACCGGCUGCAGGUGCUCAACACCGAGCUGGCCGUGCCUUUCCCUCCUCACGCCCAUUCCUCGCAGACCUCCUUCCACUCGUCUGCGCAUAUCAGCUUUCUGUCGUCAAAUCAAGAUCCUCUGAGCUCCAGUAAGAGUCCGCUCUCCAAAAGUUGCUUCCUGAACGACUCCUCCUUCGUGACCUCAUCAGAGGAGCUCCACUCUGGAAGUCCGUCCCGCAGCAGCUCCUCGCUCUCCUUCCAGAGCACGCCUCCUCCUCAGCAGAGCCCCGCCUCCUUCGGUCAGCCCCUCCUGAACGGGUUGGGCCGAGGUUUGAGUGACGGCUUGGGGGGCUCCUCUCUGCCCGCCAUGGGCGGGCUCAUGGCGUCCCUGGCGGGAAGUCCUCAGCUGAACGGCAUGCUGGGAGGCCUCAACGGCGUGAUACAGUCUUCGGCGCAGAACGCGACACAGUCGGGGCUUCCCGCUCUGCGGCCCCAGCCCCCCCCACUCAACCCGCAGGCGUUGGCUCAAAGCUUCCAGCUGCCCAAGAGCGCCAGCCCGUCGACCUUGCUGUCGGAGCAGCAGAAGCAGCUUCUCCUGGAGCAGCAGCAGCUGCAGCAGUUCCUCGCCGCGCAGAACUUCACGCCGGAGCAGCAGCUGGUGGUGUGUCAGAUGCUGCAGCAGCAGAGGCAGCGGGAGCUGCAGCGCCUCACGCUGACCGGGGCGCUCAGCUCCAACCCCAGCUCCCCCAUGGUGGCCCCGUCGCCCGGCCUGCUGUCCUCGGCCUCGCCGCUGCAGGGCGGACAGGGAGGCGGCCUGUUCCUGCAGGAGAACUCGCACCACAAACCAUCGGCCUCAGAAAAAGGCGGAGACAAAAACGGGUGAUGCUCCCCUCUCGGAUGAAGACAUGGCGGCCUCCCGCCUCGCCAGACUUUCCCUCGUCUGCCAUCUUUGUCUGACAAACUUCUAUGAAUGUAAAGCAGGUGGAGUUUCUCGUGUUUGGAAAUUCUUGAUAUCAGAGGUGUUUGUUUGUUUGUUCGUUUGUUUUUAUUUGUUUCUUUGUGUAGGCAGCUUUCAGAGAGCAUGAGUACAGUGGUCUCUUCUUAAAUUGCACUAAUUUGUUUGCUCGACCAACCAGGCGGCCUGUGACGGCAGCUGUGUGGGCUUUUAUUUUGAAAUAUCGACUGAACAUGGACUUCUCGAGCACUGAUCGCGACCCCUUCCCCACCCCCCGUUUGACCCGUGGUGACCUGAUGCAGGGUUUCUGAGCAGCCACGCUAAAGUGAAAGGUUUCUGAGUGUUUUAUCAAAGCUCAACAAUAAAAAUAAUAUUAAUAUUUCUGUUUUUAAAGCAGGACUGUUUAUACGAGCUUUCAAAGUGAGAGAUUAGUUAGGACUUAAGGAUGGGUGGGGGGGUCAGAAUCUUUUGUAAAAUGCUAACAAAAAACAUAAUCAAAAUGGUUUAGCUUCAACAUUUCACCUUUUUGCUAAGUAUCGUCAAGCCACGCCCCAAAACAAUAAGAUUAGAAAAACUCACAAAAAACAUUUUUAUAUAAAAGCGAGAAAGAAACACUUUUUCGCUAGGCUCGGGGCCCCACUUUAAGUCAAAGGCUGAAUCUGACUUGAUUCCAGUGACGUGUAGUCAGGGUAGGCAGGUGAGGCAAAAUAUAGCUUAUAGGGAAAAUAAAUAACAAAAAAUUAAUGUAUAUUUUUUUAGUUAAAAGAAAAUAUAAAUUUUUAAACAGGUCUAUUCUUUGAUUUUUUUUUCUGCGGGUUUUUAACAUUUCUUUGGUAAAAAAAAAAGUAGCAAAUUUCCUGUUCAAAUACACGAGAAAGCAGCAGGUGAGGCACCGGCAGCCCGUGGAGCUGCAAGGGAUGCAUCCGCUUUACUAAUUCAACCUUUUUUUAUCAUAAUUUGCUUAUUUCCAACUGUCUGAUUACAUCAGGCCAGUUUGUGACUCAUUUAGUCUUUUAAUUAUAAAUAUUAUAAAUUUAAAAUACAUGCAGUACAUGUGUCUCAAGGCAGAGGGCGCUGGUGAGCCCGGAGAAUGUGACACCGCAGCUAAAGAAUAAUAGAAUUAGUGGUAGCAACUCGAGUGCAGCUGUCCAGUUAUUCUUUCAUAUUGCUUAGUAUCAUUUUCUGAAUGGAGGAUUAUAUUGUCAAUGUUCUAAACUCAGGAAUUUGUUUAAAGACGUCACUCAGAAGGACUCCAUUUAUAAGUAAAAGUCAAUAAUAACAAUUUUGGUGGUUUUUUUUUUUUCUUUAUGCUACAUUUUUUAUGUGGAAGAAAAAUGUUAAAAAGAAAUGUUUUAACACACUAACUGUUGUCAAUCAAAAGGUUGAAUAUGCUACUCUGUAGGGUUCAUAUGUUUGUAAAUCUGACUGAAGACGUCAGUGCCUCACCUGCCGUGAACCUCUCCACACGCCACCUACGAUACCUACCCCUACAGCUUCUUCCUAUCCCUACAUUUAUCCCUCCAAGCGAAGAGAUAUGGAAAAAAUAGUGUCGCACUCAGAAAAUCCAUAAGAUCAGUUUUAUAGAAUUAAAAAGUCACGCAAAAACAAAAAAAAUUAUUACUUGCAUUUCUCGAUGCAGAUAACUAACCCUAAGUCGCUAUACUUCUCCUUAAAUCAAUUUGAAAAAAGUGGGACAUUUUCUGGUAUAACUUAAACUAUUUUCUCAUGUUUCUUCAUUUGUGUCAAUGAAAGACACUUUAAAUGAUAAAAAAACUCCUUAAGUGAAAACUUGUUCCAGACUGAAUCCUUGAGGGCUGCAUGACGGUCCUGGGUUAGGCUCCAGCAGCCCCUUGACCUCAUAAGGGAAUAAAUGAGUCAAGAAAAUGGACGGACUGAUGGAUAUUAAUAACUUGGACAUAACAAACAUAAACAGGAAAAAUGACUUUUCAUUUGAGACAGAACUAAAAAACAUUGCUUGGUUGCUUUGGACCUCAGAUCUUUAAAAAGACUAUUUAUUUAUGUUAUUUUAUAUCAAAUGAAAACUUUUACCAAAAGUAAAUAAACUUGUCUUUAUAAGAAGAUAUUUAAAAGAUCCUGAAUGUCUGGUGGAAAAAUUCCUCACAGACUGAUCCAGACGUAGCAACUCGUCUGCUCAUUUUUCUUUACUUCUUUCACUGGAACUCAGGCGUUUGUUGGCGUUAAAGUCUUGUCCUACAUAAAAAUGAUGUAUAUCUUUUAUUAUGAAAAAGUAUAUCUUAUUUUGAAAAUGAAAUUCCUUUAAAGUGGGAAUGAACACACAAAUGAAGCAAAUGAUCAGAAAUUAACUUUUGAGAUAAUACAUUCUUUAGAUUUAUAAAUAAGAGAUUUUGGGGUAUCAGGGAUAUUGUGGUCAUCAUUCACACUAUGAUUAAAAGGGUAAAAAUCAUAAACUUUGGUCAUGUUUUGGUAAAAACUUUCCUCCCAACUGCAAAUCAGUGCAAAAGUGGCUGAAGAUCCACCAUUUUCCUCCAUAUUAUCUUCUUUUUUUAAAUCUUUAGGUAUCUUUUGAUUUCCCGUGCAGAUUGAGCGAGACGCUCCUUCAGUCCUGCUUCAAAAACAGCUGUUUUUAAAAAAAAAAAGAAUAUUGGAAACCUCUCAGGUUUUUCUAAAAAGGCGUCAGGUUCAUUCCAGGUCCUCCAAUAAGGAAAACACCUCAGCCGUCUUCCGCGAAAUUGAGUCUUCCCUCUGUGUUUACCCUUUCCUCCCAUCAUCCAGACGCUCUUCAGCCUCUUCCCCUGAACUCCUAAUGAGGCAUUUGAUCUCCAAUCUAGUUAUUACCUCAGACUUUCUCUCUUGUCUCAUUACCACAAUAGCCUUCAGUGGAUAAGACGCAUGCCAGCACUCGCGGCGCUCACGCCAAGCUGCGGUCUUCAACCCGAGCCGCCUCCAGACUUUCUUCAGACUUUUUAUCCAGUUGCUGUCGAGAUUAAGCAGACGAAACCAAACAUGGAAACUGUUAAAGACGUCAAGUAGGAACUGUCCUGAACAAGUGCGCACUUUGCAUGUUUGUAGCUAACAGAGCGAGUAUAAAGAAAGCUUCUUAUUUUGUAGGCCGAUAGGGACUACAGGCUUUUGAGUUGAGUAUUUUGCACUCGGUCCUGAAGGUUUUUUUUUUUUGUUGUUGCUUUUAUACAUGGAUGAUGUACCUAGUUGUUCUUUUAGCAAUACUGGAUAGAAAAUGCCUUAAAGAUGGUAGACCUACAGAGAAAGGCAGGCGCCCGCCCACCCGCCCGCCAGCCCUCUGUCCUCUUUCUUUCUUCAUGUUUUUUACUUGGGCACAUGGAGGGGUUCCUUAUUCAAUGAAAGCACUCUUCUUAAACUCGUUUAUACUUUUAUAGCAGACUGAAGAACAAACGUGUGAAUAACCGUACCGUGGUGACUCAAGUGUCAAGCUGUUUUCUAUGGUAACUUUUGUGUUGGGAUUCUUUAGUUGUUUGUGCUUCAGAGAAAUGAUGAUUUGUAGAAAAUGUUCAAAGAACUGUUGUUAUUAUCGUGCUGCAGCGGCGUUUCAGAUGUAGUGUCCCUGUUGCCAGCACUGGAAAGACGGCGACAUGCUUAGCUUCUCCCUCCUGUCUUACCAACAAAUCUUCACUAUUUAUUUCCUGCCAACAAAGUUCUCAUAGGUCUUUAUAGGUAUUUUCUUGAACUGUUUCUCCCAUACAUGUGAUAUCUAGUUGUUUCUUCUUUUUGUUUUUUUUUGUUUGUUUGUUUACUUUACUUACUUGUUUAUUUACUCAACAGUUGUAAACUUCAAGCAGCUCACUAGUUGGUGAAAAAUACUGUAGCAGUGACAGGUGGGGAAUGUUAAUUUAGCUAAAAAAAAGGCCAUAUUUCCACUGAGAGAACGGUUUGGAUCAGAAUGGUUCGGUCUGGUUUACAGUUCUGUACUGAGUUUGCAAAAAAAAUAUGUAAAAAGAACGACAAAAAGAUCGUAUGACUAUGAUCACUGUUUUCUAUAAAAACACUGCCAAAUACUGAGAUGGAAUGUGAUAUAAUGUGGAAGAUGCAUCAUGCUAAUGCUAUGGUGAUGCUAGCUUUUAUGCUAACGUUAACAUUAGCAUGCUACUUUAGAUAGUAUAUCAGCUGCAUGUGUCAAUGGUGAUAAAUGUAUUUGCCUAUCACAUGUACUUUUAGUAGUAACAUUAUCCAACAGUACUAUUAGUCAUAGAAACAUAUUAGCAUUACAUCAAACUUAGCAUGCUAUAACUGACGUUAAUGUUUGCAGAUAGCAUCAGGUGUUAACAUGAUUGUUGAUACGCUCAUAGUCAUGUUAGCAUUUUAUGUAACAUGCUAAUUUUCAGUUAGCAUUGUUGCAUUGCUUAACUACUUGUGUUGUUUGCAGUCUUUAGUGUAGCAUCCUAAUAUUAGCAUUAGCAUACAAACUCUUUAAUUUUGCAUUACUAUACCAGUCAGGAUGCUAACAUGCUGCACCGGCAUUAGCGUGGUGAAUCUGAUGUUAAUGUUACUGUGCAUGAUGCCCUUUUUUCAACAUAGCAGCUCUUAUGCUAAAAACGUUAGCAGUUUGGUGUGGCAAAUUGUGAUUUUCAAAUAUAUAUAUACAUUCUUUAUGAAAGUUUAAGUUUGAUAACUUGAAAUUCACUUCUAUGCUGCAUUUUUAAAUAAAGUCUGUUAAACACAAAUAUGAUACGUACAACGUUAAAAAUGCUAGCUAGCUUGACCAUCCUGAUGCAAUUUGGCCAACUCACCACUGCAUCAUCUGCAUAUUAACGGAUAUUACAUUUUCUCCACAAAUGUUUAACAAAUUGGAGAAAAUCUAACAGGGUAGGAAGAGCAAAACUGGAGCACUUCCUUUUUUUUUUUCUUGUAGCACUUAUCUUUUUACCAAACAGAAAUGUUCCAGGAAGAGGAAUUUCUCCUCCCUUUUUAAUGUUUUAUAACCCAAAGGCAGAAAAGAACCAAACCGUACUUCUCAGUGGAAAUAUGACUGAAGACAUGAGCCAAUGCGCCUAAGUGACUCCAAAGGGGGCCGUUUGUAAGUAACCCAGACUUAACUCACCCAAUGCAGAGCUCGGUGACUCCAUUGGCUAAAGAGCAGAGCGAAGGAUUCCUGAAGUGUGUUGCACUGGGGCGCUAUGGGCCCAAUUGUAAUUCUUUUGUUUUUUUAUACAUUUUUCAGAAUAUUGUUUGUAUGCUUUCAAAUGUUUGUGUAAUACAUUUUUUUAAGCUUUGAGGUUUGGGUAUCCAAGAUAAUCCACGUUAUGAAUGUCGUACUGUGUCACUCUCUUUCAUUUUUUUUCUGUGAUAGCAACAUUUAAGCACCUGGUUUUGAGGGAGACUUCAAUUAUUGGAAAAAGGAUUGCAUGAAAUGCAGUGGCGUCUCUCGAUUUUACCGCUGAACACCAAGUAAUAACGACUAUGCAUCACUUUAAAUGCAUUGUUCCCUGAAAGAAAAGGAAAAAGAAAAUGGAAGGAGCACUGAAUUUUAGGAAGGACAAGCACGUUGUCAUUGUACAGUGUAUUUGUUUGAAAGAAUGAAUUGAAUUAAAUUUGACAAUAUUCCUAUUAAAAGCCCUGUAAAGUAUUUUGAUAUUUUUUGUGUGUAAAGUUAAAAGGAUGGAUUAUGAUGACUCUUUUUGUCAAUAAAUGUAUUUUACUGAGUUGUUUCACA